AUGAAAUUGGUUAUUGGUUUAGCUAUUUUAUUGACAUUGAGCAGUUGUGCCUCAUUCUUGGAAGAAUAGCAGCCCCUUGAAAAUAAAAUAUAUAAGAUAAAGCUUGAAAGAACAGAAUCAUAAGCUAAAAAGUCAUUAUUUGAUUUCAUCACAACAAGCUAAUAAUACAGGAAUUCUCCUGAUAUAUUGGAUGGGUCAGACUUGGCUAUGGCACAAACACAAUAAAAGGAAUCUAUAAAACUGUAUAAUUUUAAGAAUACAUAAUAUACAGGAGAGAUAGGGUUAGGUGAUUAAGGGAAUAAAUUUAAAGUAAUCAUUUUAUCUAUUUAGGUUAUCUUUGAUACAGGAUCUGCUAAUAUAUGGUUGAAUUCAGCUAGAUGUAAUGACUAUGGAUGCAAAAAUCAUAAACAAUAUGAUGGCUCAAAGAGUUCUACAUAUGAGCAUUUGGGAUAUGAUUUAGACGUUGAGUUUGGAACUGGAGAAUUGAUGGGUGAAGUAAUAACUUGCUAAAUAAUAGAUCAAUGCAGAUACUGCUUUUGUGGGUGGUGUGAAGAUAGCAAAAUAAGAAUUUGCUGAAAUUGUUAGAGAGAAUGGUGAUGUGUUUGCUUAAUCUGAUUUUGAUGGAAUUGUUGGAUUAGCAUAUCCUUCUAUGGCUGCAUAUAACUUCAAUCCAUUGUUUGAUAACAUCAUAAAAUAGAAAUUGUUGGACAGAAAUGUGUUUUCUUUCUAUUUUUCAAGACAAGAAGGUUCAAGAUCCUCUGAGUUAACUUUUGGUGGAUGGGACACUGAUCAUUUUUAGGGAGAGUUACAUUUUCACAACGUUGUAAAUAAAUAUUAUUGGUUAUUGGAUGCCGAUAAUAUUUUAGUAAAUGGAUAAGAUCUAGGGUUAUGCAAACAUGGCUGCAAAGUAGUUGCUGAUACUGGUACUUCUUUGUUAACUGGACCAUCAGAUGAUUUAUACGGCUUAUUGGGUAUACUUUAAUGAUAUAAACAAAGACACUUUGAACAUCGAUGAAAAUUGUAAAAAUGUCAAGGAUUUGCCAAAAUUAACAUUUGUUUUAGAUGGAAUUAAUUAUGAUUUGGAUGCUAACGAUUACGUGAUGAAGAUUGACUCCUAAGGAAAUGAAGUUGCUUAUGAUACAUUUGCAAGUAGUGACAGCUUUGUUGAAAUGGGAGGUAAUUGCCAAUGUGUAGGAUCAUUCAUGCCUUUGGAUAUUCCAUCACCUAAUGGCCCAGCUUGGAUUUUGGGAGAUACUUUCCUAAGCAAAUAUUAUUCAGUCUAUGAUAGAGAUAAUGAUAGAGUUGGCUUCGCAAGAGCAAAAUGAUAUACAUAUUCUAUCAAGAUAUUAA